GUUUGUUGUUAUUCGUGUUUGUGCUCUCGGUGGUUUCGGUGUUCUUUUGAUAUUAAGGUUAUGAACGGUAUCUUGUCCAGAAAAAGGUGAUAAGAAAAAUGUGCUCAGUGUGAUGGUUUUCUUUUGAACUUGAAUUAAGAAACAUAUUAUUAAAAUGCGUGCUUAUGUGUUGUGUUUCAUCCUAAUUGGCCUCGUUAACGGACAAGACGACACGUUCUACUUUGUGAAAAACCCGCAGGACUUGUCGGUGGUGGCGGGUGACGAGGCCCUGUUGGAGUGCGCGGCAAGUGUGAACGCGGGAUUGGUGUACUCGUGGCAGCAGGAUGGUGUCACCGUCGAGAACACCACCAGGCGGCUGCAGGUCGGCUCCAAUCUGCUCAUCAGGAGAUCGGAUCCGAACACCGAUCAGGGUCACUAUGCCUGUAUUGCCACUGAUGCCACCACUGCGUUCUCACUCACCAGUCGGUCUGCACUGCUCAACGUACACUGGCUGUCUAACAAAUCGCAAGUGAUUGUGCAAGUGCCAAGCAAAGACGAAGUGAUAACUGAUGGCGUCGAUAUUGUGCUGAGGUGCGAUGCUGAAGGUAGUGGAGAACUUCGCUUCGAAUGGUUCAGAAAUGCAGAAAGACUGAGAAAAACAGAUAGAUAUCAAUUCAAAGCGAAUAAGUUCCAUUUGAAAGGCGCUACACCAAGGGAUAAUGGCGUCUACAAAUGCGCCGCUACUAACGAAGCUGGCACAAUCACAAGCAAGGACAAUUUCGUCCUCGCCAUACAAGGUGAUAGAUGGUCGCACAUCCUGAAAGAGCCUCAGAGUGUUCUAGUGAAGAAAGGGAGCAGUGCACUGUUUGAUUGUGUUUACGAGCAUGCAGAUGUCAUAGAAUGGUAUUUUGGCGAGAAAGGGCCUUUGGAAAACAGUACCAGUUUCAGUGUACUCCAUAAUAACUCAUUGCUGGUGCACAAAGCUGACAUGCAUAAUGAAGGGCUGUACGGCUGCGUUGGCAUCCGCGGGGAGUCACCUGAAAUACCUGUCAAAUACACCGCUGAACUUGAAAUCGCAUAUUUGGAAGAUAUGACUGAAAACAACUUGGAACCUGUGCUUCCGAGCGGAAUCGGGGCGGUGGCGGAAGAUGGGCAAAUCCGCGUCACCUGUCUGCCUCCGCGGAGUCUGCCUCCCCCCUCGCUCUACUGGAAGGGUCCCUUGUCCGCCCUGCCCCUCCCACCCACCGGGCCCAUCCGAGUCGACGGCACAACUCUCAUCAUAGAUGCGGCCAAGCGUCGCGAUGCCGGCACUUACACGUGUGUUGCCGAAAAUCUGUCCGGAUCCAAAGAAAUAGGAUUUCGUCUAGUCAUUACAACACCUCCGUCCUUGGUGAAAGGUCCAACUUCGGUGACUGUGGAUGAGAGCGAGACGGCUGUCUUCUACUGUCAGUUCCAAGGAAUGGAGCCACCAAUCACAACCGUCCACUGGCUGAAAGACAAUGCCAGUUUCCGCCAGGACAGUCGGCUGUCAAUCGAUCAGAACACUGGCACACUCACCAUCACAAACACACAGGUCUCCGACAAAGGCGACUACUCGUGUCUCAUCAAUACAACUGGUUACAAGCCACUUGUUUCCGAAUGGCUCAAGAUUGGGGAUGUAGACGACAGUUUGGAGCUGCCCGUGCAUGUGCAAGACAUCAACGGCACACUGCACUUCAACGGCGUGAAAUGGGAGGACAAGGGCCGCUACAUGUGUCUGGCCACAAAUCCUCAGGGAACCAUCAAUGUCACCAUCGAUAUUGAUGUCGUCGAAACUCCCAAAUUUGUUGUUCUUCCUCGGAACCCCACAGAAGCUUUCGAGGGCUACUCAAUUCAGAUGGACUGUGUUGCAGAAGGAGAUCCAAAACCAACUAUACAGUGGGACAAGAAUUCUGUCAUGAAUGAUUUCGAUACCAAAAGGUUCCAUGUAUUGGAAAAUGGAUCGCUUGUAAUAGACGAGGUUCACUUCUCAGACGAAGGGAAAUAUGGAUGCACGGCAGGCAACAGCGGUGGUCUCAAGCGAUAUGAAAUCUCAUUGCAUGUUAGAAGCUCGGAAGGGUACAAGCGGGACGGCACACUGGAGGGGGCGGAGACGGAUGGCUCGAUGAUGACAAAGACAGUGACAAUCACGCUGAGUGCGGCGGCCGCCUACAUGCUGCUGGUCAUCGGCCUCAUGGCCUGGUGUCGCUACCGGCGGCACAAGCGCAAGCAGGCCUACCUCGAGGCCAACCCCACCUCGCCGAGUCAACCAGAGGCCACUGCACUCUCGCUCUUAGGCAAAGGAGAUGGAAAUGGAAUCACCAACCAGAAUGGAACUUUGAACGGAACGGAACAGAAGCAGAAGAAUGGGGAAGUACUACGAAGUGAUGGCGAAAAUACGGUUAAUUCUCAAGGAUCAAAUCAGUCUAGAAGAUCGAAAAACGGCUAUGACAAAUUAUCAUUUCCUCGACAAGAUCUUCAUAAUAUGAUGCUGCUUGGAAGUGGCGAAUUCGGCGAAGUUUAUUUGGCUCAGGCUCGAGGCAUCAAAGAAGGCACCGACACUGUUGUUAUGGUCAAGGCACUGCAGCAAAUGAGAGAUGAGAAUGCUUUACAAGAGUUUAAAAGACAACUGGACAUGUUCAGUCGUCUCGAUCACAAUAACAUCAGCAAACUGAUUGGUCUGUGCCGAGACGCUGAACCACAUUACAUGAUUCUGCAGUACACAGAUUGGGGUGAUUUGAAGCAGUUCCUGCUGGCCACACGGAAGGAGAGCAAGAGCAACAAGCCUCGCCCGGCGCCGCUGACCGGCACACAGAUACUCGGCCUCGUGCAUCAGCUGGCCCAAGCCAUGGAGCACCUGGCCAACCACCGCACAGUGCAUCGCGACCUUGCCGCUCGCAACUGCCUCAUCUCGUCUCAUCUCGAGCUCAAGGUCUCAUUCUCGGCUCUCUGCCGCGACACCUACGCCAAAGAGUACUUCAAGCACAGGAAUCAGACGAUUCCUGUGAGAUGGAUGCCGUUGGAAGCAGUAGCGGAAGAUGAUUACUCGUGCAAGUCGGACAUCUACUCAUUUGCGGCAACAGUGUGGGAAAUGUACACGAGAGGCGAGCUGCCGUUCUCGCGGCUGUCAGACAGGGAGGUUUUGGAAUCGCUGCAACGCGGAGAUCUGCACUGGAAGCAUCACAAAAAUAUGCCCGAACAGUUGAAAGUGAUACUCGACCGAUGCUGGAGCCCCAAUCCGAGAGAUCGUCCCACUUUUUCGUGUGUUGCUGUUGAAAUCGGCGACAUCAAAGUGAGCACACCGACUGAACCAUGAAUCUCAUCGAUUUGUGAUAUUGUGAGUAGAGAAUAAACUUGUACAUUCAAAGUAUUUGUUUGCUGAAAAUUUUCAAAUUCAAACUAUAAAUAAGCAAAUUAUUUACUUAUUAAAUGUUUACUCCUUAUAACCAAUUCGAUAACAAACAUUUAAUACUUUUUUUUUGCAUUGAUUUAAAUAAUUAAUGGAAAUAUAAUGAAAUCAUGACAAGAAAGUUCAAAAAAUUACAAAAAUUUGUUUUAUUUUUGGAAUUUUUUAUAGUUUACAUAACUAUAUUUAUUCUAUUGUACUACUUCAUCAAUAAAUAAAACAGAUUUCGUAAUUGAUUACUUUUCCGUUAUUUCAAGACGAUUGUAAUUGUAAUUUUAGGGCAGAAUUUUCCACUGUACUUAACGUCACAGCAGACUCAUGCUUCAUCAGUUUUUUUUAUUAUUGUGAUACUGUAACAUUUCACUUAUAUUUAGCUUACAAGAAACUAAGCUGUGAACAACAUAAGUUAAAAAUCAACAGAACAGCAAAAUGUGUUUUCUAUCUUACAUCUAUCUUAUAUUUCAUCAAGCCUAUACUCAAUCAAAGAUGUUUUUUACUAGUUUAACGUUCAAUUUUGUAUUCAGUUUGAUAGUUUCUUCAUUGAAAUUGUUGUGUUCAUGAAGUGCCUAAAAUUGUUUGCAACAGUUGCAAGCCUAAUUGUUUACUUGGUGUCUGCCAUUUUAUAUUUUCAUGUCAUUGAAUGGUGUUAGGGUUUUUACAAUAAGAAUUGUAUAAAGUAUCACUCAUCGACAAACAGUUCAUUUUUCUGUAUCCAAAAUAAAACAACAUACAUAAUUAUUAAAGAAUCACAUUAAAGUGAAUUUCAACUAUUCAUUUGUCGAAUCAUAUUCUAUUAAAUAUUAUAUGAUCUUUGAGGAAUAAUAAUUUUGUAAAUACACAACUUUGUAGAUAUAUUGUAACUGAUAUAAUUAUUGUAAAUUUGGAAAAAAUUGAGUCAUACUCAAGGUCAAGAAUUAUAAUUAUUCAGAAUUUAAAGUACCAGCUUGCAUUUAUAUUGAGUUGCUUGAGAAAUGCUAUUGCUUUCUCAACUCCUACUCAUAUUUCCCAUUCCAACUAAAAUUUUAUUCUUUCUCAAUAACUCGUUACAAUCAUUCCAACAAAUCAUUUAUUUAAUUUUCAAAUAGGUUCUGGAAAUUAAUAGGAAAUAUAUAGAAUCAAAUGAACUGUGACUGGAUUAGUCCUAAUUAUAGGUUUCACAGACCUUUAAAACUCAGUACUUUUGUAUUGUUAUCAUUUAGCUGCAGUAAAGCCAUAGUCCCUUGAAGGACGAAUAACAGCAUGAGCUGAUUCUAUGCAACUUGCAACUAAUGUUGUUCAUGUUUAAGAUGCCAUUAAUGACACUUUUCCGUCGCUGCGGUAGCACUUUUGACUCUUUCUUUUUUAUCAUUUUUUAUUGCUAUUAUUCUGUUUGAUUCACUACUUAUCAGUUUUUCAGUUUCUGUUUAAUGGGAAGUAUGGUAGUUGGCAUAGCAUUUGUAAAUAAAUAAUAAUUUCUAAACAUUCAUACUCUGUUGAUAGACGUAUUCAAAAAUAUGUUUCACCUUAUUCUCAGCACUGUAAAUUUGGAAAUAAUAGUAUAGCAAAGGUUAUUGUACACUGUACAAAAGUUUUGAAAAUUUUGCACGUGUUGAAGUGCAAUCUUUUUGGCCAAUACCUUCUAUUCACGAAUGUAAAUCUAAAUUUAAAGUGUCUGUUUUCAGAAAAAAAACAUUUUUAAAAUUUUAAAGAAAAUAGUGAUUGUGUUUCGUAUUCUGAAGUUUAGCAUCUACUUUUCUUCCACCUAAAAAUAAUUCUGAUUCAGCACAUUUAUGAUGAUUGAGUAGUUUAAGUUUCAAAAGCCAAGUGGAAUUGCUAUUGUUGAGACCACUAAAAAUUUAGAUCUAGUUAAUUGUUGAUAAAGUUCUAUACGUCCACUAAACAUUUAUCUGGUUUGAAUAAAAACAAUAUUGUUCGAAAACAAAAAUAGUUCGGUGUGUUUGAGGGACUGCUGCCCUGCAUUCGAAUAAUCUGAGAAUUUUUAAAACUAAUGAUUAUCUGUGAUAUAUUUAAACCCUUUUUACCAUAUAUUUUAUAAGGAGAAUGAUUAUCGAAUGUUUAUCAGUAGACUGAUUCAAUUUUGACAAUUCAGUCAUAUCUACUAAUAAUCGGUAGAUAUCAUUCUAAUAAGACCUUGGAAAAUAUUGACUCAGAUUAUUCUUAAAACUGCCUUUAUUAACAACGACAUGAUUUGUUUGUAUUCACUGUUUCAGUCAUUAAUAAAAUAAUUAUCAAGAUUGAAUUGGUGGGUUAUAAAAUUAAUAGUCACUUUUACUUAAUAUGACUUAUUAGUGGUAUAUUGAAAUGCCAUUUUUUUCAAUAUCAUUGUAAACUUGAUUUCUAGUCUCUUAGAUUACGGUAUUGUUAGAAAAUAAGAAUUAAUAUUCUAUGAAACGAUUUUUAUAUAUUAUCUAUUCAUUCAUAUGUGUAACAUUGAGUUUGAUUUGUUUUGUAAUUUUGUAUCUAGUGUAUUUUUGCGUUUCUGUAAUAAAGGGAAACAAAAUAAUA